AUGGCCGACGAGAUCCCCGCCAGCCUCAGGCAGGCCGAUAUCAGCCUCUUCAAAUGCGCCCAGCGCGCUGCCCAGCUAGGCACCGUCAAACCCAUCGUCGCGUAUUGGUGCGAGUACUUUGUCGUCAACCAGAUCCUAGCCAAGCAGCUGCAUAACAACGAUGUCGACGUGUUGGAGUACACGACCAAGUUGAUGGACAAGCUGGAGCAGACGAAACAGGAAUACCCAAACGAGGAGGCGAUCAUGGACGACACGGCGGCGCAGGCGUACAUCGAGCAAUUUGGACAAGAGACGCUCGACAGGGCGCAGCGCGUUGUCAAGGCGAACAAAGUGACGGUGCAAACCGCUGGUACUUUCGAUGCCGCCGCGACCUUCUUCAACCUUGUCCACAUCUGGGGCACUCCCGACCCAGAGAACCUGCAAAAGAUCAAGUACGCGAAGUGGAACGCCGCCCGGAUAUACAAGGCCAUCAAGGAAGGCAAGGACCCGAACGAGUCGAAUCCGAAGCUGGAAGACCUGGAAGAGCAACCGGCGGUAGACCCGGCGGACCCAGAGGCGCAACAGUUGACCUCACCGGGAGCUGGAGAGGGACCCAAGCCUGUUACCUUGGAGGAAGUUCCGGACCGGGAACUCAGAAGGGACUCGGCGGGCGUUUCGCUGCCGCACACUCCGGCAUCCACGGCACAGCCCCCAGCGGAUGACGAGCUGGUACUGCCGAGCGCACCGCCAACGGCGCCGCAGGGGUAUUUCGACGGCCAUGCACCACCGGAGCCCCCGUCGCCCAUCUCCCCGCCCUUGCAUGACCCGGUCUCGUACGAACCUCCCGCCGAGCCGACGGCACCAGAUCCGGAUAUCGAGAUCCCGUCUCCCCCUUCGGCACACCCAGAAGGCCCUCCCGCGUCCAUAUAUCAGCCUCCAUCUGCUCCUGCGCCCCCAACCUUUGCCGCCAGCCCCAAGGCCACCCCGGCAGUGGCGCCGCCGCCAACUAGCCCGCCAGACACAUUUAUGAAUACACCACCCUCUGCAACCAUCCCCCGACCGGUGAUUCCCCAGCCCGCCGCACCGCCAGUCGCGCCCGUAGCAACGAGCAGCUACGCCCCACCUGCAGCAACGCAGCAGCAGCAUAAACCACAAGGCAACUUUGCCACGGACGACAUGGCAAUCAUGGCAGCGCAGAAACAUGCGAAGUGGGCUAUUUCGGCUCUCAAUUUUGAGGAUGUGCCGACCGCCGUGAGGGAACUGAGAAAGGCACUUGAGGCGCUGAACGCGUCAUGA